CACUCAACGACUUCAAGAACUGGAAACUGUUUUCCCUACAUAGAGGUUCUCAGGAGCGUUCAAAACAAGCACGCUUUCAAGCAGUCGCUCCAUGAUAAACCUAUUCUGAACAGCGUUCUCUUACGUACCGACAGGACUUUUUGGUCGUACCUGCUUCAAACUUGCGAUUCGGCAAAGCUGCAUCCCCGGACUUCCUCUUGAUAGUGAAUUUGCGAUGCUGCUUAGCCAAUGGCCCGGCUCUUCACCGGCCAAGUUCAUGACAUCAAGUCGCUGGCGGGCCGUCUGAGCAUCAUAUCAAUCUUUGUUUUACGAAGGUUGCGUCUGCGAUAUUCCAUCAACCCUGCUUCUUGCUGCUCCCUUGUGAGGAGACAAUUAUCCCCUUAUGAUAAUCUAUCUCGUGGCUGUUUUGUGGCACUCGGUUUCCAUACCUAUUGAGCCAUAAUUGUAACAAGACGGGUUCUACAAAGGCAUAAUGGCAUACUUCGAUCCGGACGCAACA